AUGAGUGAAACCCAGAGUUUAAGCGCCGAAACUUUCAAAGAAGUGUUAAAGUCCCGCGACUUCACCGGUAAAGUAGUGUUAGUGACGGGCAGUAGUGGCGGAAUCGGUGAGGCUAUUGUCAAACUGUUUGCCUAUUUGGGCGCUCAGAUUGUGGUCACAGGACGUAACGUCGAGUCCAUCAAACGGGUGGCCGCAGAGGCGCGAGAGUUGUCGCCCAAAAAGCUCAAGCCGUUAGAAGUUGUGGCGGAUCUACAAAAGAGUGUGGAUUUGAAGCGAUUGCUAAUCGAGACAAUCGACACAUACGGACGACUGGAUGUGUUGGUCAACAACGCCGGCGUCGGUAGCGUCUCAUCGGUCAGAGACGACAACUUUAUGAAUGCCUUCGACACUACGAUAAAUACAAAUCUGAGAGCAGUUCUAGAGUUAAGCCAUUUAGCGGUUCCCUAUCUGGAGAAGACGAACGGCACGAUUAUCAACAACUCUAGUAUUGUCUCACUUUAUCCGCACGCGUUAGGACUGGCCUACUGUGUGGCCAAAACAGGUCUGGAUAUGGCCACCAAAAUACUGGCCCUCGAGUUAGGGCCCAAAAUUCGGGUCAAUUCUGUUAAUCCGGGCACAACACUUACCGACUCGUUUAGAUCCCUGGCCUCCAAAUCGCAGGUCUUUAAAGACAUGAUAAUCCGUUCGGAGACUAACGCACCGUUAGGUCGUGUGGGCUCGACCUUUGACAUCGCCAAAGCGGUCACAUUCCUGGCCUCGACUGACGCCCAAUACAUAACGGGUGCUAUACUUGUGGUGGACGGCGGACUCGUCCACAACAAUGCCGGUCCAUUCCCCUGA